AUGACCGGCACGGCGAUGAAGACGGCCAUCAGUUUCGACGAUUACACUUUCUUGAAUCGUUGGGGCUUGACUUUCCUGGGGAUAUGGAAGUGCCGGAGGACCCGGGGACUACCGCACAGGGUCCACGUGGCGGUGCUCUUCGGCUUUUUGUUCUCGCUGCUGAUACCUCAGUGGCUGGACCUUUACAUCCUAUGGGGCAACAUUGACGCGAACGCCGAGACUUUUGUACUGAACGUCUUUACCGUGACGGCGCUGCUCAAGCUCUGGUGUUUUCUCAAGGUUCGCGACGUUUUCGAGGAGGUGAUGGGGAUUUUGAGAAACAACUGGAAAGUAACGAUGGCCAGCCACGAGCCUCAGCACAGGGAGAUACUGCUGGAGAUGGCUGCGAAAGCUCGGGCGUACACGAGACGCUACGGGCUGCUGAUGUACUCGACCGCCUUCAUGUACUUCGUGUCGCCUUUCACGGGCUUGCAGCACGACGACCUGCGCGUCAGGAAGUAUCCGUUCUUUGGCUGGUACUAUUUCGACAGGUCCUCCGGCUAUUGCUACGCCGCUUGCUACGCGCUUCAGGUAAUGGCUGGAAUCGUCGUUGGCACGGGCAAUUACGCGAUGGACAGUAUUUUCUUCGUGGCGAUGUACCACUCGUGCGCUCGACUUCGUAUGCUCCAGUACGACCUGAAGCGGAUCGGUGACAACAACACAAACGCGCGAAUAGCAGAGCUUGUGCGCCAACACCAGCGAGAAAUUCGGAAUUCGCAAAAACUCAAGACGAUUUUCCAAGGCUCCAGCUUCCAGCAGUUGCUCGUCAGCUGCAUCAUCAUAUGCGUCAUCGGUUUCAAGCUCAUAAUUGCGCUCAACGAACGUAGCUUGGCUUUUCUCAUUUACGUUGCUUUCCUGUUUGUGGCGCUUCUGCAGAUUUUUUUGUACUGCCGGCCGGGAGAAGAAAUCAUUUGCCAAAGCACCGCGAUCGGUAGUGCCGUGUACCAGGCGUGCUGGUGCUCCUUGGAUCCCGUGUCGAUUAAAAAAAUUAUCCUGAUCAUCCUGAGGUCCCAGUGUCCCCUGAAAAUGACGGCUGGAAAGUUUUUCGUGCUCUCCUUGACGAAUUUUACCAAGAUUUUGAAAACAUCGCUGUCUUUUCUGUCUCUACUGCGAGCAAUGUAUAGCAAGAGUGAUGAUCAUGUAGCUUAGAUGCAGUUAACAAAAGUUGUAUUCUACAAUACCUAUACUUGCUUACAUCUAUA